AUGGAAAAACUGGGGGUAGCUUCCGUUGGAUUACCGACGGACGUAAUUUAUAGAAUGUUGGAAGGAGGCAUGUGGUGUCAGGCAGUGCAAGGGGAAAGGCAUGAUUGCUGCCAGCAGAUGGGGGGUAAUGUGGGGGCGGUCUUGGAAGAGUACUUGGAGCGUGGUAAGAAGGAGAAUUUGGCCGAGAUAAUUGAGCAGAACUAUUGUGUCGCAUGUGCAACGAAGGGAGACGGUGACACGGACGGAACGAAUUACUACGAUCCUUGUGAAUUUUUCUAUUAUUGGUUAGGUGAUCAAAUAAAAGACAAAUUAAAGAAUGUACAUGACUUUAAGAACGUUAUGGGGGCAAUUUACGAUAAGUUACUGGGGGGAAAAUGCAAAGAGAAGUUCAAUGAAUUGUACGAAGAUGUAAGCGAGAUUGUUUUCCCGGAGAGUAAAAUACUAUUCGACUAUAAUUAUGACUAUAAUUACUUGAAUAGUAAAAAAGGGAGUAAUGAAGAAUCCUUGUGUGAAGAAUUAAAUGGGAAAUUAGGUGGAGCUCAGGGUGCACAUGAUUGGUUAUGUCAGAAGUGUGAAACUCCCAUGGAUAAGUAUUGUAAGGAAUUCAUAGGGGAUUAUGGGACAGUUGAUCAGUGUAAGGCCAGGAAACCGCAGGCAUUGCCAGAAUUGAAAUGCACUGCGCGGCCGCAGGAAUCUGCAUUACUGUUACAACAGGGACAUCAGGAGGAUAUUUUAGACAAGUGGUUACCUUCAAAAAUAGCGUACCAUAAACUCGAGAAAGGAAAGAAGGGUAAAUGUGAGGGCAGGGACAGUAGUUACACUCAAGGAAUAAGGAACUCAGAGAAUACAAAUACCGAUAUGGAGGGAUACGCUGAAGAAUUUGCGGAACAUUGGUGUUACGUACCGAAUGAAAGGAAAGAACAUCAAUCAGAUGAUUCACCCUGCUACUAUUUAUACUAUUACUUGGGGGAUAUGAUACGUAACAAUAGCGAUUUGAACAAUUCCUCAUUCAGGAGCAUUAUGAGUACUGUGCGCGAAGAAUUACAGAAGUUAGAUGUUCAACCUCCUUGUAAAAUUGUGCCCAGUAACAUUGGCAAGACCUAUUUUGAUUCGGAAAAGAAAGUGUAUGACUAUCACCUAGACCAUAACACUAUACAGGGGAAAUUCCAGAGUGUAGAUUCUUCUUGCAGUCCAGAAUUGAACGAAUACCUGAGUAGCGCUGCAACAGCAUACGGCAUUAUGAAUGAGUACUGUCCAAAAAAUGAUGAAAGCACUGAGUACUGUACCAAAUUUAGGGACGAGUACAGUAAGCACAAUCUUGGAGUAGAAUUAAUAUCAAAGUGUACAUCAGCGCAGGAGUUGAAGGAAGCAUUAAGUGGAAAAGCUGUAAAUGCGGAUUCCAAAUUUGACCUAAUAAAAGAGAAAGUUACAGUGGAUGCGGAAGCAGGAGUUGAUUCUACCGCCGAUUCUGUCACAACUGGUGUCAUAUCGGGUGGAAUUGCCACCAUAGGAAUACCAACCAUCGGUUUCUUUUUAUACAAAUAUACUGAUGUAUUUGAUGGAAUAAAAAAAUCCCUCUUUGGUGGUAGUAAUAAUACAGGAGGAAGGAGUAGGGGAAGAAGAUCUACUGUUCGACACAAUCAACACUUUGACGACACAUUCACAGGGAAUGAUUCUUCUACACUAGGAGAUGGUUCCACCACCCUGGGUGGUGGUGGGGGUGGUUCGUCCACCUUAGGUGGUAGCUCCACCGAUGUUUCUACCAUCUAUAAUGAUGAUGAUGGAGGACGACGACGUCGACCAUCAACCGGAAGAAGGGAAAGGGCCGGAACAAAUAAUAGAAGACCAGGGAACAUACGUUACUAUGCUACGUAA